AUCACCUUUCCAAUCAGGGAGGAGAGCUGGUGGUGGUGGUCGCGGGAGAGCUAAUGCGUGUCGUGUCGCUGAAUACUCAGACAGCACCGAAGGGGUCAUCUGGAUAUUCGCAGUGCCGCUGACUGCUGUGUAUCUCUGCAGCAGGUCUGCUUCUCCAAAUGGUCACCCUGCAUCAGCUCAGUGCACUCCUUCUCCUAUUCUCAGUUGGCCAAGAGUCGGCCCUGAUCUCCCAAGACCCAAUGGACCAAGUGCCCAAUUUUCCAGUUGAGAUGCACUACAUGAAGAUUGGAUCCCCUUUCACACUGAACUGUGAAGACCCUUCAGCAGACAGAGGAGGCCAACUGGAGUGGAGAAAAAAUAAUACACAGCAAAGUGUGAAUGGCCACCUGUCAAUCAGCAGUGCCCUCCAGACACACCGUGGGCUUUAUACCUGCCACUUCAAGGAUAAUGAAGAGGUGCUGAGAGCUGUCAACCUGCAACCAGGCUAUCCUCCUGGUACCCCAGUAGUCCACUGUAGGUCCAACAACUAUCCAGAAGAGGCUCAGUGCAACUGGUACCUGGAGAAUGAAACCCACAUCCCAACCAAUUUUACUGCCACCUACAGACAUGGCCUAUUUGGAGAAGAGCAGGGGUGCCUUGUGACCAACAUGUCAUGUGUGAUGAGGGGUUUCGCUCUCUACUCAACGCAUCCCUACAUCUUUAAUGUGACCGCAUGGAACCCACUGGGCCGGAAAGAAAAGCUACUUCAGUUUGUCAUUGAGCACAUCGUGAAACCGGACCCCCCUGAAGACCUGAUGGCCUGGCCCUCCUUGGAAUGGAAGCGUCAGCUAGACAUUUCCUGGCAGCCACCACACACUUGGCAACACCCCAUUCUCUUUCCUCUGAAGUACCAAGUGCAGUACAGCUGGUCAGAUGGCAAGGCCUCCAGAACGACUGGACCCUAUGAAGUGACCAGUAUCAAACUAAAGGGACUCCGGCCUCGCACCACUUACUCCAUCAGCGUGUCAGCCAAGGAUUUUUUGGAUAAUGGGGAGGCUAGUGACUGGAGCCCGACGGUGACCGCCACAACAAACUGACCGUCAGUCUGGAAACAAGUACAUCUGUAUGUGAUUGUGUGGUUUAGUCUAAUAGACUUGACAAGUUCCUGCAGACUCUCAUAAAUGUGGUCAUCAGUUUAACACUUUCAGUGGAUAAUUACUGUAUCUUUAUGGUCUGUUCCUGUUCACAGCCUUCCUUAUCUUUCAAUUUCAUGUACACUUUACUACAUCAAGUAAGCAGUGUGGCAUGGUGGCUAAGACACUGGACUUUGAACUACAAGAUUGCUAAUUCAUUUCUUACCUCCUCUUCACGGUGUGACUCUGAGCAAGUCACUUAACCUGCCUGUCCUACAACUGUAAGAAAUAUCUGUAAACAGUUGAGGUGUAUACUGGUAUAAUGCCUUGGAUAAAGGUGUCCGCCAAAUAUGUAAUAACUAGCUGUGCUACCUGUCUAGGAUGGGUUGAAUUCUAAACAAUCAACAUAGACCUCAGCAUUAACAUUUGCAGUGCACCAUCUAUUGGAAUGUAUUUUGUAACGCCUGCACUAAUAAAAUGCAUUGCAUUUUCCAUUCCAACAGAAUGCGCAGUACAAACAGUUGUAAUAAUUAAAUGCAUUACUACAAAUGGUUGUGAUGCACCAUUUGCUGGAAUGACAAAUUCAAUGCAUGGGACUCUGUUAUAUGCCAUUUGGCAUGGGAUUCAUAAAAGCAAUAUUAACGCUGGUAAUGUGCCAUUGGUUGGAAUGAAAAAUACAAUACAUAUGUCUCUGUUAUAUGCCAUUUGGUAUAAGAUUCGUAAAAAAAGUAGUGUUAAUAUUUGUGAUGCACCAUCUGUUGAAAUGACAAACGCAAUGCAUAUGCCUCUUUUAUAUUCCAUUUGGCAUGGGAUUUGUAAAAGCAAUGUUAAUAUAUGUGAUGUGCCAUCUUUUGGAAUGAUAAAAGCUAUGCAUUUCAUUACUUCAAAUUUUUGUAAUACACCAACUAUUGGAAUGACAUAUGCAAUGCAUAUGUUAUAUGCCAUUUGAUAUGGGAUUCAUAAAAGCAGUGUUGAUGAUUGUGAUGCACCAUCUGUUGGAAUGAAAAAUGUAAUGCAUAUGCCUCUUUUAUAUCCCAUUUGGUAUGGGAUUCGUAAAAGCAAUGUUAAUGUUUGUGAUGCGCCAUCUGUUGGAAUGGCAAAAGCUAUGCAUUUCAUUACUACAAGUUUUUGUGAUACACCAUCUCUUGUAAAGGUAAAAUUUAAAGAAAAUGUAUUAUUAUUUUUUUCCUACAGCAUGAUAGUCCUGUGGGUACUUUUUUGCAAAAUCCCUGUGUGUUUUUUCAUGUGUCAUCUGGUCACUUUGCCAUAAAGCCCAGAUUGUGGAGUACUGCAGUGGUGGUUGUCCUUCUGGAAGUUUUGCUCACCUCCACAGACGUUCAGUAUAUCUCAGCCUAAGUGACCAUCAGGUUCUUGGUUACCUCUCUUACCAGUGCCCUUCUCUCCCAUUUGUUCAGUUUGGCCACGCAACCAGCUCUAGCAAGAGUUAUAGUUGUUUCAGACAUCUUCCAUUUAAAUAUUAUGGAGGCCACUGUGCUCUUGGGAACCUUCAAUGGUGCAGACAUUUUUCUGCAGCCUUCUUCUGGUCUGUGCCUCGACACAAUCCUCUCUCUAAGUUCGGCGGACAAUUCCUUUGACCUCAGGGUUUCUGCUUAAUUCUGAGACCUUGUAUUGAUUGGUGAGUGACUUUACUAUUCAUGUCCUGUCAACUGAAUGGGCCAAAGGUGGAUCACCAAACAAGGUGUAGAAACAUCUUGAUAGAACGGGAUGCACCUGAGCCAAUUUUCAAGUCUCAUUUCAAUUUUUCAUGUUUAAUAAAUUUGCAAACAUUUCUAAAAUCCUACUUUCACUUUGUCAUUCUGGAGUAUUGAGUUUUGCUUGAUUAAGAGUAAAAAAUAAAUUGACAUGAUUUUAA